UGAGAGACACCUUGAUUUAAAAAAUGAAUCUGGUUGCGUGGACGUUAGUUUUCUGUGUUCUGAUGUACGAACCUGUGACAGAAGCCUGUCCUAAUACCUGUGUAUGUGGAAGGACUUACAUUUGUACAGGGAUGACUGUGGACUGUACUUUUAGAGGAUUCACUGAAAAACCUACUUACAUCCCCACAGACACAUGUCUCUUACGGCUGAACUCCAACAAGAUAACUACAAUUCAAAACAACACCUUUGAUGGUUUUCAAAAUUUAAAAAUACUAUGGCUAUCCUCCAACAGGAUAAGCAUAAUUCAAAACAAUGUCUUUAAUGGUUUGCCAAAUUUACUGGAACUAUCGCUGCAUUCCAACAAAAUAACUACGAUUCAAAACAACACCUUUAACGGUUUGCAAAAUUUACAACAACUGUGAGUAUUUUGUAGUUGCACGAAAACCAAAAGUUAGUGAUCAAUAUCAAUAGUAA